AUGACCGACCUCUUGAGAAGUGUUGUCACCGUCAUUGAUAUUUUCUAUAAAUACACCAACCAAGAUGGGGAAUGUAGCACACUGAGCAAGGAUGAGCUAAAGGAACUUCUUGAGAAAGAGUUUCGUCCAAUUCUGAAGAACCCAGAUGAUCCAGACACAGUGGAUGUCAUCAUGCAUAUGCUGGAUAGAGAUCAUGAUCGAAGACUGGACUUUACUGAGUUUCUUCUGAUGAUAUUCAAGCUGGCUAUGGCCUGCAACAAGGUUCUCAGCAAAGAAUACUGCAAAGCUUCAGGGUCAAAGAAGCGUAGGCAUGGUCACCGACACCAAGAGGAAGAAAGUGAAACAGAAGAGGAAGAAGAGACACCAGGACAGAAAUCAGGUUACAGACAUUCAAGUUGGAGUGAGGGAGAGAAGUAUGGAUAUAAUUCUGGGGGCUUGAGGGAAACUAGAAAACAUAGACAUGGGUCCAACUCUAGGAGGUUGGGAAGGCGAGGUGAUUUUUCCAGCUCAGAGAAUCAAGAGGGAUCUGAGAAAAGACGCCGGGGGUCUAGCUCUGGUCAUUCAUGGAGUAGUGGCAAAGACAGACAUGGUUCCAGCUCUGGAGAGCUGGGAGAAAGAAGAAGCAAGUCACAUGUUCGCCCCUCUAGGGAAUCUGGGGAGGAAUAUGAAUCUGGAUCUGAAUCAGAGAGUUGGGGAAGGAAAGGACAGGGUGGUCUGUCACAUGAAUUGGAGACCAAUGGGCAUGAGUCAAACUCUACUCAGUCAAGAAGGACUGGAGGAUAUCUUGAGUGUAGCUCUGCAGGUUCAGGAGAUAGUGUGAGGCAAAGUCAUGUAUGUGGUUACAGCAAUUCAGGAGGGUGUGGAAGGUCACAAAAUGCUUCUAGUUCUUGUCAGACAAGUAGAUUUGGAGUACAAGGAAAUCAAUCUAGCUGUACCCAACCAGACUGUCAACCAGGAAGUAGUGGAGGACAAGGUCAGGUGUGUAUCUCAGAAGGUCAGUCCUCUGGAUAUGGUCAACUUGAGCCUAGAUCCUGUAGCCAGUCUCCUAGUAGGAGAAGAUAUGGAUCUAGAGAAUGUGGUCAAGCACAGAACUGUGGAGGACAACAGGGAACAGGCUCAAGUCAUUCCUCUUGCCAUGGACAAUAUGGGUCAGGAACAAGUCAAUGUUCUAGUUAUGGUCAACAUAGAUCAGGUUCCUGUGGACGCUAUUCAAACUCACAUCAAAAAGGGUCCUGUUCAAAAGAAUUUUCCAAAUGUAGUCAACAUGGGUCUGGUUCAGAUCAGUCCUGUACCUAUGAACAACAUAGAACAGGCUUAAGUCAGCCCUCUGGCUAUAGACAACAUGGAUCUAGAUCAUGUCAGCCUGGCUGUGGACAACAAGGGUCAGGAUCAAGUCAGUCAUGUGGCUAUGGCAAACAUGGGACUAGCUCAGGUCAGUCAUCUGGCUUUGAAAAACAUGGGUCUGGCUCAGGUCAGUCCUCUGGCUUUGGACAGCAUGGGUCUGGCUCAGGCCAGUCGUCUGGCUAUGGCCAGCAUGGGUCUGAAUCAGGUCAGAUGUCUGGCUUUGGCCAACAAGGGACUGGAUCAGGUCAUUCGUCUGGCCACAGCCAGCAAGGGUCUGGCUCAGGCCAGUCCUCUGGCUAUGGCCAGCAUGGGUCUGAAUCAGGUCAGACGACUGGCUAUGGCCAGCAUGGGUCUGGCUCAGCCCAGUCCUCUGGCUACGGCCAGCAUGGGUCUGGAUCAGGUCAUUCGUCAGGCUACGGCCAGCAAGGGACUGGAUCAGGUCAGUCAUCUGGCUAUGGCCAGCACGGGUCUGGAUCAGGUCAGUCGUCAGGAUAUGGCCAGCAUGGGACUGGAUCAGGUCAGUCCUCUGGCUAUGGCCAGCACAGGUCUGGCUCAGGCCAGUCCUCUGGCUAUGGCCAGCAUGGGUCUGGCUCAAGCCAGUCGUCUGGCUACGGCCAGCACGGGUCUGGAUCAGGUCAGUCGUCAGGCUACAGCCAGCACGGGUCUGGAUCAGGUCAGUCCUCUGGCUACGGCCAGCACGGGUCUGGCUCAGGUCAGUCUUCUGGCUAUGGCCAGCAUGGGUCGGGCUAUGGUCAGUCUUCUGGCUAUGGCCAGCAGGGGUCAGGCUCAGGUCAGUCGUCUGGUUAUGCACACUAUGGAUCUGGAUCAGGUCAUUCGUCUGGCCACAGCCAGCAUGGGUCUGGCUCAGCCCUGUCCUCUGGAUAUGGCCAGCACGGGUCUGAAUCAGGUCAGACGACUGGCUAUGGCCAGCACGGGUCUGGCUCAGCCCAGUCCUCUGGCUACGGCCAGCAUGAGUCUGGAUCAGGUCAUUUGUCAGGCUAUGGCCAGCAAGGGACUGGAUCAGGUCAGUCAUCUGGCUAUGGCCAGCACGGGUCUGGAUCAGGUCAGUCAUCAGGAUACAGCCAGCACAGGACUGGAUCAGGUCAGUCGUCAGGCUACGGCCAGCAAGGGACUGGAUCAGGUCAGUCCUCUGGCUACGGCCAGCACGGGUCUGGCUCAGGCCAGUUGUCUGGCUACGGCCAGCACGGGUCUCGUUCAGGCCAGUCCUCUGGCUAUGGCCAGCACGGGUCUAGCUCAGGUCAGUCUUCUGGCUAUGGCCAGCACGGGUCUAGCUCAGGUCAGUCCUCUGGCUAUGGCCAGCACGGGUCUGGCUCAGGUCAAACGUCUGGCUACGGCCAGCAUGGGUCUGGCUCAGGUCAAACGUCUGGCUACGGCCAGCAUGGGUCUGGCUCAGGUCAGACAUCUGGCUAUGGCCAGCACGGGUCUGGAUCAGGUCAGACGUCAGGAUACGGCCAGCACGGGUCAGGCUAUGGUCAGUCUUCUGGCUACGGCCAGCAUGGGUCGGGCUCAGGUCAGUCAUCUGGCUACGGCCAGCAUGGGUCUGGCUCAGGCCAGUCAUCUGGCUACGGCCAGCAUGGGUCUGGCUCAGGCCAGUCAUCUGGCUACGGCCAGCAUGGGUCAGGCUAUGGUCAGUCUUCUGGCUACGGCCAGCAUGGGUCUGGCUCAGGCCAGUUGUCUGGCUACGGCCAGCAUGGGUCUGGCUCAGGCCAGUUGUCUGGCUACGGCCAGCAUGGGUCUGGCUCAGGCCAGUCAUCUGGCUACGGCCAGCAAGGGUCGGGCUAUGGUCAGUCUUCUGGCUACGGCCAGCAUGGGUCUGGCUCAGGCCAGUCGUCGGAGGAAGGGGGUCUAGUCACAGCCAGGUCAGUGAUAGUGAAGAGCACUCAGGAGCCUCACCCAGACACUCAGAAUCCACGUAAUAACUUCGUAUAG